AUGGCGUAUCCAAUAAAUAGAAAACCAUUGUUGAGUAAUAUUGCAAGCGAUAGUGAAUCUGAAGAUAUAGAAACAGAAAUUGAUGACGCUAGUGUUUCUAUACCAGACAAAAAACCAUUUUUUAAACCACAACCAGCUGACAGAUAUCAUUUAGCAUACAUUGUUUUUUAUUUACUUGGAAUAAAUACCCUAAUACCAUGGAGUUUUUUCAUCACUGCCGACGACUAUUGGAUGUUCAAAUUCCGGCAAAUCCAUCCAAAUAACAGCGGAACCAAUAAUUACACGCACACAGAAAUAUUAGAGAGUAAAACAGACUUGCAAGUUAGCUUCACUUCGUACUUAAAUGUCUCCAGUGCUUUACCCAAUAUGUUAUUUUUGAUAAUUAAUACAUUUCUCAGCAAGCGACUGUCACAAAAAUUCCGAAUGAUAUCUUCGCAAUUGUUAAUAUUUAUUCUCUUUAUUAUGACGACGGUGUUCGUUAAGAUAAACACCGACGAAUGGCAAAAUACAUUUUUGAUAAUAACUUUGAGUACUGUUGCAAUUGUAAAUGCAUUGAGCGCAAUAUUUGGUGGGACUCUGAUGGGGAUCGUCGGGCGUUUUUCUCCGAGAUACAUCACAGCAAUGUCCGGAGGACAAGCACUUGGUGGAAUUUUCACUGCCCUUACCGAAAUAUGUUCUUUGUGGAUUGGAGCUAGUCCUGUAGAAUUCUUCAAACAUCACAUGAUACAGAAGCCACGAGAAGAGCCAAAUUUUUCAGUCAACGCCGAAGUUAGUUUUAUUGACGAACCGAAGAUAUCUUAUCGGAGAAUAUUUAAAAGGAUACUGCCUUAUGGGUUGACAAUGUUUUCGGUAUUCUUCGUAACUAUGGCAGUCUAUCCAGGAGUUACUGUGUUAAUAGAGAGCCAAGGUUUCGGUCAAGGACAUGCUUGGAAUGACGUUUAUUUUGUACCCGUUGUUACUUAUCUUACAUUCAGCUGUGGAGAUUAUGUUGGGCGUCUGUUAUCUGGAAUACUCUUGUGGCCUAAAAAAAAGCCUUGGCUUGUUCUCACUCUCAGUUUACUAAGAGCUCUAUUUAUCCCAGUGUUCAUGGUAUGCAACGCCCAACCACGUCAUUUUCUACCAGUUUAUAUUCAAAGUGAUAUUUAUUAUAUUUUAAUCACAAUAUUAUUCGCCAUUAGUAACGGAUACUUGUGCAACAUUGCAUUUAUCCUAACUCCGACUGUUGUUGAGUCUCAAGAUAAAGAAGUUGCCUCGACAAUGAUGGGGGCUUUUCUUGGAUUAGGAAUAACAACUGGCUCGGCUUUGAGUAUCGCAUUAAUUAAGUAUCUUUAA